AUGCGAGAAAUGCCGCUGCAUAUGAGGGAGGCGCACACACAGGACAUGUUCUGCUUGUGUGCACUGCACUCCAUGCGAGCGAUGCUGCUCACCCCCCUCCUCCUUACCUCCACUCGUCCCUUCUCAGCACCUCCUGCCACGUCUCCCAUUCGCUAUACUCUAGUCCCUCGUUCCCUGGCAGUCCCUCACCCCCCCUCCCCGUUCUCUCUUUCUCACCUCCACUCGUCCCUUCUCAACACCUCCUGCCACUUCUCCCACCAGCUCUCUAGUCCCUCGUUCCCUGGCAGUCCCUCACCCCCCCUCCCCGUUCUCUCUUUCUCACCUCCACUCGUCCCUUCUCAACACCUCCUGCCACUUCUCCCACCAGCUCUAGUCCCUCGUUCCCUGGCAGUCCCUCACCCCCCCUCCCCGUUCUCUCUUUCUCACCUCCACUCGUCCCUUCUCAACACCUCCUGCCACUUCUCCCACCAGCUCUCUAGUCCCUCCUCUCUAGUCCCUCGUUCCCUGGCAGUCCCUCACCCCCCCCCGUUCUCUCUUUCUCACCUCACUCGUCCCUCCUCAACACCUCCUGCCACGUCUCCCACCAUCUCUAGGGCCUGGCAUUCCCCCACACUCUCACUCACUCCAACCCUCACACCCUCACUCACCUCCAUUCAUCCCGCCUCAACACCUCCUGCCACGUCUCCCACCAGCUCGCGCCCACAGCGUUCCGCCCACUCUUCUCCGCGCCUGAAGGGGGAAUUGGGGAAGGGAGGGGGAAGGGAAGGGGAAAGGAAGGGGAAGGGAAGGGGGAGGGAGGGAACGACGAGGGAAAGGGGAUACGAUUUCGAGAAUCUCUCCUAA